UCUGGACGAAGAUGGCGGGUGUGACCGAGGCGGCCAUCACGUUCCAUAAUGAGCAGUGGACGGCGGAGGGUGCGCGGCUGCUGUUGGAGGUGGACGAGGGCUGGGUGGGAUACCGCGAUGAUUUCGCUUGGAGCUGGCACGACGAGACGUACGCAGUGCACGCGGCCAUCUGCGAAGAGCGCGGGUGGGUGUGCAACUCACUAGAGGCGAGUGUCGCUAUGCUGCAAGCGCUACGCACAGGCGCAGUCAGUAUGAAGCUCAGCGACUCGACGCACAGCUCCGAUGGGUAUGCACAAUGGUCGCUGACCGAGAUGCACGUGCUUGGCUCUCAGAUGCGGGACGUCGUAGACGGCAAGAGCCCAACGGUGCGCUGGUCGGCGCUACUCGCAGCUUUCGUGGAUACCAUGAAGACCAAGGAUAGCAAGUACGCUUAUGAUGACCGCACAUUCGAGGAUUUUGCCUACCGCGCAGGAAAAUUCGUACCCGAAGAGAUCUUGUUGCACAUCGAUCCGACUAGGAUGAAGGGUAAGAUAACUCCCAGGACGACGAGGACAGCGAGGAGGACACGCAAAGUUUCAGCCUCGGAGCCUAGAAAUCGGACACGUCGGAUGACAAGAAGUCAAUCUUCUGAGAGUUAUGUGGAUAGCGACGAUGAGCCACUUGCGCGUCUACGAAACCCCAGAACGAGAGCUACGAGGUCUGUGAGUUCUGCGAGUGCUCGUCCGAUAAGGGGAAAAAGUCGUAAGAGGACUCUAGACUCGGAUGGAGACAGCUCGUACCAUGAUCCAACGUCAGAAGAUGAAGACUUAUUGUGGGCGGAUGAAAGUUCUCAACGAGUGUCGGAGGGAAGUGCGCCGGCCACUCAGGAGGUCACGAGUCAAGGAGAAUUGUUGCCUGUACACGCGGCUAAUAACGAACAACCAAAAGCGCCAAGUCAGGACUUCGCGGACCAAGACCAACCUUCACUUCUUCAAGACGAUACGAAUCAACAAGCUCCUCCUGCUGUGAAUCAAAGGCGAAACUCUGCUCGCGAUGACCCUUCAUUUUCCAGCCGAGCAUCUCCUUACGAGGGCGAUUUAACUUCCCAGCAGCCAUCAUUGGACCAAGAUGAACCAGUACAGCAACGCGCUUCUCCCCGCGAAGACACUACAGACCAAGCACAGCCGACAUUUGGAAGCCAAAACGGUGAUACGCCAACGCGACGACCAACUCGCAAGCACCAACGCGUUCACCAACAGGUUGUAAGCGGUCGUAGGGACUCUAAUAGCCGUGCCAAGACGAACACUCCACACCUCUUCCGUAGUCUCAACCCGUACGACCGACCUGCAAAACCGUGGGGAGAGUUCGUAGUGGAAGUUUUGCUCGCUGAGAGAACCGCACGAAACGAAGAUGAGCUCGACUACGUGCGGUUCGUGCGUGGCCUCUACGAGAUCUGAGGCAGGCUGUGCAUGCGUAGCUUUGUGAGCCGCUUUAGUCGAACUGUCCAGACUCACGUACAGACAACGGAUUACGAUCAAAGUACACGCUAGUUACACCACAAAGAACAUGUUGUACCUUUCUAGCAGUCUUCUACAAUUGGUGCUCGCCUUUGUUGCGUCUGCUACUGCCUGGUCGUCGGCUGUUGCCGGCCGAUCGGUG